GUCGCACUCACCUUGGUUUCCUCGCCCGAUUCCGUGUGCACACGACCAAUUAGGGUUUCAUGACGAUUGAUUGCAUCGUCAGCAGAUCGAGAGAUUGAGUUGCUGCAGAUUGCGCGAGCUGGAACCCCGAGGUAGUUUUGCUGGUACGCAUUUGCAAGCAGGACGGCUUGAGUUCUUCAGCUGUAAUUAGUGUCUCGGCUCCGUAAUUUGUUUUAAGGAUUUUAGACGAUUCAAUGCGCUCUUGCUUCUGCUCUCAUGCCUGCCCUACCCAGCAAUCGACGGUUUGACACCGAUCGGAGGGUUGACACCCUUGCCGGAGUGUGAGAUAGCUUACUCAUUUACUUGAGUUUCGAGGUUUUGAGUUCGUCCAUGACUGUUGAGCGCUCUUUAAGUUGGGUUUACAGAUUCCUUUUUCCGAGGUAGUAGCAUUAUUGGAAUUAGUAGAUUAAGUAGACAAUGCCACCAAUGAUAAGUUUACAUGGUCUUUGCUAAUUGGAAUUGAAGGCUGUCGAACAUCAUGCGUCUCUGCGUACGACGAAGUGGCGUUUGACUUGCAUUAUACUGUUCGCCUGUACAUGAGCUUUUCUUAAAACCAAGAGCAGGAGAGAUUUGCAGGUUGGGGCUUGUGUUGACGAGGCCAUAAUGCAAACAAUGAUUGAUCUGGCAAUGCCAUCAAUCCAUACCUCUGGUGGCUUGGCAUGUAUGAUUGGUAGUACUCUGGCAUGCAGGUUUGAGGUAGCUGAGUUCUUUGUGAGCUGGCAAGGAGUGCUCACACUUGCAUUUACUGGAUUCCCAGAUGCUCUUUUAGAGCUUAAAACCCAAGUCGAAGAGUUUUACCCUGGUGUAAUGAAGGAAUUCCCUGGAUCUAAGUGGCCCAAAGUCAGCAUUGGAUGCCUUCGCGAUAAUAAGCGUCUUAGUAGAUUAGAUCUCGAAAGGCUGCGUGACAUCUGCAGUGAAGAGAACUCGUACCUAAUCUCUACGACUCCACCGGUUGAAGUGGACAAACUCUCAAUUGUUCUCUUUUCAAAUUGCUGCCUUGAACAAACACUAAUGACAACAGAUGUCACUCUCGCUCUUCCAGCUGAUUUGAGGCCACCCAACAGCGAACAUCGCGCCAGUGUACGAUCUGUUCUGGAUGAAUUUCGUCGAGAAAAUCUCGACAAUUACUAUUUCAAUGCCUCUAAAGAUGGCAACCGGUCAGCUCAUUACAGAGGGUUCAAGGCCGGUGUAACACUUGUUCACUUCCUAACCAGCAUUCCUAGAGCGAUUGCUAGAUUUAGGGAGCGCGUGGAGAGAGAGCUGCCCAACAUGUAUGAUUGGUUUGCUGAUCGUGCUCUCCACAUUACAGUGCGAGCAAUCCUAUGAUUAAUCACUGAUGGGAUAAUCUGGUUUCAUGUCAGCGCUUCAUACCUUGAUACCUUGGACACACUGCACUGCUACAAAGUGGAUGAUAUCUCAAAAACUUGAUAACAUGCCUGAUUUGUGUGCACAGAGACGAAUAGGCAGAAGUUAUUGCUAGUGCUUGGUUUCCGUGAGCAGUCGAUCUUUUCGAUCUACUGCAUCAUGAAUGACUUCCUAAUAAACCACAUAUCUUCAGUCUAUGAAGACCUACAACAAUAUAGAAUGUGCGUCCUCUCGACUGCCCAACAAUUUGGGAUGGAGUGGAGGAUCAUGUUCCAUCAAGAUAGUUAAUUAAAUGAAUGAAUAAAUGAACAUAGUUUUGAACUAGAAUUGAUUUAAUGUAUUAUAUAAGUAUAUUAAUUUACUGCAAUCAAUGAUGCAUGCUAUGUUUUA